AUGGAGGAAAAACAUUCCCUGACGGGAAUACAGACGCGUCUUAAUAAGAUCCUGACUGGCAGCGGGGAUAACACUCUACAAACCAUAGUGCAGAAUGCCGGUGAGUUCUAUGACAAAAUAAUAAAAACGGAAGCUGCUAGAGCCAUUAAAGAGAUACAGCAGUGUGUUUCUGACGAAGUUGCGAAAGUGACUGGCGACAUACAAAAAAGAAGCAAAACUGACUACCAUUUUAGAAUCAAUAAAAUGUUCACGGACAUGGAAACUAGAGUGCAUUUUGCAAUUACCAGCAUUAAGCGUACCAUACACGAGGAUUCACAUGGCGGUGUGAAAGGCUUAUUGAAAACUAUGAAGCACCAUAUUGACCCACUCAAGGAGAUAACUCCCGGUGCAACACACCCCGCCAAUUUCCAAUCCCUCUCCGCCAAAUCCCUCGCCUACCUGAAACACAUCCACACUUACGUCUCCGCCGACCUCCCCAAACACCUCCCCAACUCCCAAUACCCUCCCAACUCUCCACCAUCCACUCCGCUCUGA